CUGGGGGGCAAGGUAGGUGGGGACGACGACGAAGGUCUAUGUCUUCUAUAACUUGUAGCAGUAGGGCUCUUUUAGUCAGCAGGAAGUAGAUUGGGAGCAGUAUGAGACUCCCUAGAAAACACUUUAAGAUCCAACGGAAUGCGUGCCGUAUAGAAUCGAGGCGGUUCGCGACGGGUGAUCAACCGGUCGUACCACCAGAGGAGAAGAACUUGGUGCCUAUACGGACGAAUCUGAAAGGAUCUGCUCUACUCAAUACACCGAGACUGAACAAGGGAUCUGGGUUCACUCGUGAAGAAAGAGCCAUCUUUGGAUUGGAGGGGUUCUUACCGUACGAUGUGCAUUCACUGGAGAAGCAAUGUCAUAGGGCGUACACCCAAUUACUCAAGCAACCUUCCGUCAUCCUGAAGCAUGCCUUCCUCGCCUCGCUCAGAGAUCAGAAUCAGGUCUUAUUUUACAAAUUGAUGCAGGACCAUUUGAAAGAGCUUCUGGGAGUACUGUAUACACCGGGUGCCGCGGAAGCCGUCGCUCAGUAUUCGAGCUUGUUUCGUCGACCGAUCGGCUGCUUCAUCUCCUUCCCCAAUGCAGAUGGUAUGCGAGCUCAGCUCGAGUCGCAUUUGGCAGAUGUCAACAGGACGGCAGAUGUGGCGUACGAUAAGACAAAGCCGAAUGACGCCAUCGACUUGGUGGUGGUGACUGACUCGGAGGCGAUCUUAGGGAUAGGAGACCAGGGAGUUGGCGGUAUCACCAUCUCGACCUCCAAAGCCGCCCUGUACACACUUGGAGCCGGUAUCAAUCCCAAUCGGAUUCUGCCCGUUGUUCUGGACGUCGGGACGGACAAUCACGCCUUGUUCGCCGACAAGUUGUACAUGGGCUGGAAGAGGACCCGUCUGAGGGGGAGAAACUACGAUGCGUUCGUGGAGAGGUUUUUGACAAUUUGUCGAGAUCUCUUCCCAUCGAGUAUCAUCCACUUUGAAGAUUUUGGCAUGGCCAAUGCUCAUCGACUCAUGGAGAAGUACAAAGACCGAAUGCCAAUGUUCAAUGAUGAUAUUCAAGGAACUGGUGCUGUGGCUUUGGCAGCUCUCAUAGCCGCCAUUCGGGUCUCUGGGACGAAGCUUGCAGAUCAACGGAUCGUCAUUUACGGCGCUGGGUCCGCUGGAAUGGGUAUCGCCGACCAGAUCAAAGACGGACUCAUGAUUCUCGAAGGAUUGAGCGAAAAGGAGGCCCUGGACAGGUUUUGGUGUGUUGACAAGGAUGGUCUACUAUUGGAGAGCAUGGGCAAUGGGUUGAGACACUCUCAAAUCCCGUAUGCUCGGGCGGAUGACGAGGUAAAGGACUGGCCGAGGGAGAACAAGAAGCAUAAGGGAUUGUUCUUGAUGGAUGUCGUCAGAGCGGUCAAACCGACCGUCUUGAUUGGCACUUCUACUCAUCAACGAUCCUUCACUGAGGAAAUCGUGAAAGAGAUGGCCAGUCAUGUCGAGCGACCAAUCAUUUUCCCAAUGUCCAACCCCACUGCGCUAUGCGAAGUCGAUCCAGUGGAUGCGAUGGAGUGGACGAACGGACGAGCGUUGGUAGCCACCGGGUCACCAUUCAAUCCCGUCGAUUUACCAAAUGGCAAGAAAUAUACCGUCGCUCAGACCAACAACGCUUUGAUCUAUCCCGCCCUGGGACUCGGUGCCAUUCUUUCCCGAGCUCGGACGAUAUCUCGAUCAAUGCUCAUGGCGGGUGUGAACUCGCUCGCUGACCUUUCACCCGCCCUGAACAACCACGAAGCUUCGCUGUUACCUGAUCUGGCGGAUGUCAGGAAAGUCAGUGUACACGUUGCGGCUGCGGUUGUCAGGCAAGCCGUGGAGGACAAUAACGCGCAGGAUGAGAAUACCAUCAAGAUUGUGAAGGGUGAUGGUGAGAUGAGUCUUGAGGACUACAUCAGGAGUCGGAUGUGGGAUGCAGUGUAUCGUCCGUUGGAACUGGUGGACUAGGCGAAGGCGAUUAUAAGAUACAAAACAUUAGCUGGUAUCUACAAUGUAGGACUACUUUGGGUU